AACAAACUAUCCAUAAAAACAACAUUAUCUUCUUUCUUUCAAACUCCACCCUUCUUCUCCCUCCUUAAACCUUCUUCACCCAAAAAUGGAGACAAAUCUUCGACUACCUCUGCAAAUUAAUCACAUUAAACCCUCAAUUUUGAAAUACCCACCAUUUUUUUCUCCUCAAAAUCAAAUCUUUAUACGACCCACUUUCAAUUCUUCAUCAAAUUUCUGUUCUUGUAGUAGUAAUUGUGUUAGAAUUGCAAAAACUGGUACCUUGAAACCCAGAAUAAAUGGUAAGAUUAGAAGCAGUAUUAGAAGAAGAGCAAGUGAAAUUAAUGGAGAAUUAGGUAAAGUAGAGGAUAUUGAGGAAGAGAAGAAUGUGCAACAAGUUAAAAGGGCAUACCCAUAUCAUGAAAUUGAGCCCAAAUGGCAAAAGUAUUGGGAUGAUAAUAAAACAUUUAGGACCCCAGAUGAUGUUGAUACUUCUAAGCCUAAGUUUUAUGUUCUUGAUAUGUUUCCAUACCCCAGUGGAGCUGGGUUACAUGUUGGUCAUCCACUCGGAUAUACAGCAACCGAUAUUCUUGCUAGAUUCAAAAGGAUGCAGGGUUUCAAUGUUCUGCACCCAAUGGGAUGGGAUGCUUUUGGGUUGCCAGCAGAGCAGUAUGCUAUUGAUACAGGUACCCACCCUAAAGUCACAACUAUGAGGAACAUUGGACGAUUUCGAUCACAGCUUAAAUCGUUGGGCUUCUCAUACGAUUGGGAUCGUGAAAUUUCUACAACAGAACCAGAAUAUUAUAGAUGGACACAAUGGAUAUUUCUUCAGCUUUUGAAAAGGGGAUUGGCUUAUCAGGCAGAAGUUCCGGUAAACUGGUGCCCUGCUCUGGGUACGGUUUUGGCGAAUGAGGAGGUUGUAGACGGUGUUAGUGAACGUGGGGGUCAUCCAGUGAUAAGAAAGCCAAUGAGGCAGUGGAUGCUUAGGAUCACUGAGUAUGCAGAUCGCCUUCUUGAGGAUCUGGAAGAGCUUGACUGGCCUGAAAGUCUAAAAGAUAUGCAAAGGAACUGGAUAGGGAGGUCAGAAGGGGCUGAGCUGGAAUUUCCGGUGCUUGAUGUCGAUGGGUUAGAAAGAGGGGUUAAAAUUACUGUUUAUACAACGAGGCCUGAUACUAUUUUUGGAGCUACCUAUCUUGUGCUGGCACCGGAGCAUCCCUUGUUGGAAUCACUAGUAUCUACAGACCAAGCAAAAUAUGUUGAGGAUUACAAAGAACUCGCCUCACGAAAGAGUGACCUUGAGAGGACUGAGCUGCAAAAAGAAAAAUCUGGAGUCUUUACUGGUUGUUAUGCAAAGAACCCCGCUGAUGGAGUGGCUGUUCCUAUAUGGGUGGCAGAUUAUGUCCUAGGCAGCUACGGAACUGGAGCUAUAAUGGCCGUACCUGCGCAUGAUACACGUGACCAUGAAUUUGCUACAAAGUAUGAUAUUCCAAUUCAUUGGGUUGUGAAACCUGAUGAUGAAGAUGGCAGCAAUGUGGGAAAGGCCUAUCUUGGCGAUGGUGUUAUCAUGAACUCAUCUAGUUCAACAACAGGGCUUGAUAUCAAUGACUUAUCUAGCAAAGAAGCCAAAUCUAAAGUAAUUUUGUGGGCUGAGGAAACUGGGAACGGAAAGAAAAAAGUCAAUUUUAAGUUAAGGGACUGGCUUUUCGCUAGGCAACGGUAUUGGGGGGAACCUAUACCUGUCGUCUUUUUGGAUGAUACUGGCAAGAGCGUUCCUCUUCCUGAAACUGAAUUACCUCUGACACUUCCUGAGUUGGAUGAUUUUUCUCCAACUGGGACGGGUGAACCUCCAUUAGCUAAAUCAGUGUCAUGGGUACAAACGGUGGACCCAUUAUCAGGAAAGUCAGCUAGUAGAGAAACAAACACCAUGCCUCAGUGGGCUGGCUCGUGUUGGUACUAUUUGAGAUUUAUGGAUCCAAGAAAUUCAAAGGAAUUGGUCAACAAAGAAAAAGAAAGGUAUUGGAGCCCAGUUGAUGUAUAUGUUGGUGGUGCUGAGCAUGCAGUCCUACACUUACUUUAUGCGAGGUUUUGGCACAAGGUUCUCUAUGAUAUUGGUGUUGUAUCAACAAAAGAACCAUUCAAGUGUGUCAUAAACCAGGGGAUAAUUUUGGGGGAAGUUCAGUAUAUAGCACUAAGAGACACAAAUGGAAAUUAUGUAUCUGCAGAUUCCACAACUAUGCUGGGUGAGCUUAAUCAAGAACAAGUUUCUGAGGAGAAAGUAAUGAAAUCAGGAGAAUUCUUUGUAUUAAAAGAGAAUCCAACCAUUCGCUUGAUUGCUCGGGCAUUUAAAAUGAGUAAAAGCAAGGGCAACGUCGUCAAUCCUGAUGAUGUGGUUGCUGAAUAUGGAGCUGACUCACUUCGCUUGUAUGAGAUGUUCAUGGGACCAUUGAGAGACUCAAAACCAUGGAAUACCAGUGGAAUCGAAGGUGUUCAUCGGUUUCUGGGGAGAGUAUGGAGACUAAUUGUGGGCUCACCUCUACUUGAUGGUUCAUUUAGAGAUGGAACAGUUGCUGUUGAUAGAGAUCCCACUAUAGAACAACUUCGUUCGCUUCAUAAAUGCAUUGAAAAGGUCACAGAGGAAAUUGAAGGAACUCGGUUUAACACUGGUAUCUCAGCAAUGAUGGAGUUUAUAAAUGCAGCAUAUAAGUGGGACCGACAUCCAAGGUCAAUCUUUGAAGCGUUUGUUCUGCUGCUAUCACCAUAUGCACCUCAUAUGGCCGAGGAGCUUUGGCUCCGCCUAGGAAACUCUUAUUCACUUGCAUAUGAGCCUUUCCCAAAGGCCGAUCCGGCAUAUUUGAAGGACUCCAAAAUAGUCCUUCCUGUUCAGGUUAAUGGAAAGACUCGAGGAACCAUUCAAGUAGAAGAAACAUGCAGCGAAGAUGAAGCUUUCAGAAUAGCGUCUACUGAUGAAAAGCUAUCAAAGUAUAUAGAUGGCAAAACCAUCAAAAAGAAAAUCUUCGUGGCCGGUAAGAUCUUGAAUGUGAUCGUUGCUCCUGAAAACGUCAAAGUAGGUCAGCGGUGAUAACCUUUCCUGGGUCAUAUAUGCAUUUGUUGAAAGUUCCUCUUUUGGGAGCAGAUGAACAUCACAUUCCAGAAUAAAUGAAUUCUGCAGCCUAGAUCAGUAUAUCACACUAUCACAGGAGUACAGUAUGGAACAUGAAGAAUUGGUAGACGAACUGUCCGAAAUCUUUGUAUCUUUUAUCAUGGAUCUGGUAAGACAAUUUCUGCUUCCUCUUUUUCUGGAUAAAAGAAUUUUGCAUUCGAUGUUUUCUCCAAAAGCAUCUCCUAGAAACUUAUGUUCUCUUGUAUCUUCAUUCUUUUACGUAUAUUAUUUAUGUGCUAUUUUAUUCAGGACUAAACUGCUGUAAUAUUUUAGAGGGAAGUUUCCGAUGGUAGCCUCUAAUUUUUGGCAAAUUCUUAAUGGUAAACCAAAAUUUUUGUUGAUUAUCGAAAAUAAUCCGAUACUAUUUCAUAUUA